GCCUUGCGCUACUUCCGAGAUCCCGUUGACAAACACACGUGUGCGCGCGCCCAGCAGCAUGGAUCUUAACAAGUGGUGCAAUUUAAAGUCCGAACCGAGUUUAAAGCAUUUGACAGAGACGGGGUUCGGUGUCCCGAAGGAAAAGCAGCACCUGCCCAUGCAGGAGCUGGUGAAGGCGCACAUUGAAUCGUUUGAUCAGGCAAUUACUGAUGGGUUAUGUCGGAUUGUGGAGGCCAUUCCUCCUUUAGAGUUCAUGUUCUUCGGAGACAGGAUCAGUCUGUCGUUUGUGGAGGCCAUCAUUCACAGGCCAGCGGUUUCUAAAGGAGGUAUCAGCAGAGACCUGCGGGUCUUCCCCGCUGAAUGCAGAGGCAGGCGCUGCACGUACAGAGGGAGGCUAGUGGCAGACGUGAAUUGGUCUCUUAAUGGCGUUCCCAGAGGAAUCAUCAAACAGUCUCUGGGAAAUGUGCCGAUCAUGGUCAAAUCGAAACUCUGCAAUCUUGAUGGUCUCUCGCCCAAAGAACUCAUCGAGCAUCACGAAGAAGCCGAGGAAAUGGGCGGCUAUUUCAUCGUUAACGGCAUAGAGAAGGUGAUUCGUCUUUUGAUCAUGCCGAGGAGGAACUAUCCCAUUGCUCUGACAAGACCAAAGUUUAAGAGCAGGGGACCGGGCUACACUCAGUACGCUAUUUCAAUGCGCUGUGUAAGAGAAGAACACACGGCUAUUAAUAUGAAUCUUCACUACCUGGACAAUGGAACGGUGGUGGUCAAUUUCAUUUACAACAAACAGCUGUUCUUUCUUCCCUUGGGCUUUGCACUGAAGGCUUUAGUGGAUUUCUCAGAUUACCAGAUCUACCAGGAGCUGAUUAAAGGUUAUGAGGAGAACUCUUUCUACAAAAGCUGUGUCUCAGAAAUGCUGCGUAUGGUCAUGGACCAGGGCUGCAUAACUAAAUCCAAGGUGCUUAAUUACCUGGGCGAGCGUUUCCGGGUCAAACUCAGCCUCCCAGAAUGGUACACCCACGAGCAGUGCGCUCACUUCUUGUUGAAUGAAUGCCUGUGUAUUCACCUGAAGUCAGAUGUGGAGAAGUUCUACAUGUUGUCUCUGAUGACGCGGAAGCUCUUCAGAUUUGCCAAGCAGGAGUGUAUGGAAGAAAACCCUGACAGUCUGAUGUUCCAAGAGGUUCUGACUCCAGGCCAGCUCUACCUCAUGUUCCUAAAAGAGAAAAUGGCAGGUUGGUUGGUUUCGGUCAAACUGUCCAUGGAGAAGAAGAUUAAGAGACUCCAGAAAAUGGGAUCACUGAAUACAGAUGCUAUGACUAAAUUCUUCAACAUGGGUACAGAUAUCACCAGAGCUUUUGAGUAUCUGUUAGCCACUGGAAACCUCCAGUCCAAGACGGGUCUGGGAAUGCUGCAGGCCAACGGGCUGUGUGUCGUGGCAGAUAAGCUGAACUUCAUCCGUUACCUGUCUCAUUUCCGCUGCGUGCACAGAGGAGCCGCCUUCGCUAAGAUGAGGACCACGUCUGUGAGGAAGCUGCUGCCGGAGUCCUGGGGCUUCUUAUGUCCGGUUCACACUCCUGACGGAGAACCGUGCGGCCUCAUGAACCACCUGACAGCCCACUGCGAGAUUGUGGCCCCGGUGCAUCCUACAACAACCCUGCCUGCCUUGCUCUGCUCUCUGGGUGUAACUGCAGCAGAUGGGAGCCCCAGCCAGCCGUUUUCAGACUGUUAUCCCGUCAUACUGGACGGAGCCAUGAUUGGCUGGGUGGAAAAAGAAGUAGCACCGUCUGUCACUGAAUCUCUUCGUAGAUUUAAGGUGCUGGGAGAGAGAAAAAUUCCUGCCUGGUCUGAGGUGGUUCUGGUUCCUCAGACAGGUAAAGCCAGCUUGUACCCAGGCCUCUAUCUGUUCACCACACCGUGUCGCAUGGUACGGCCCGUCCGGAACCUCAGCCUGGGAAAACAGGAGCUUAUUGGCACCUUUGAACAGGUGUAUCUAAACGUGGGCAUCUUCGAGGAAGAGCUGGAGCAGGGAGUGACAACGCAUCAAGAGCUGUUUCCUCACAGCAUGCUGAGUGUGGUGGCAGAAUUCAUCCCCUUCUCCGAUCACAAUCAGAGCCCCAGGAACAUGUACCAGUGCCAGAUGAGUAAACAGACAAUGGGCUUCCCGCUGCAUUCGUACCAAGAACGAACAGACAAUAAACUGUACCGUCUGCAGACCCCUCAGAGUCCUCUGGUCAGACCCGCGAUGUACGAUCACUACGAUAUUGAUAACUACCCUAUUGGCACCAACGCGAUAGUGGCUGUCAUUUCUUACACCGGCUACGAUAUGGAAGACGCUAUGAUCGUCAACAAGUCUUCAUGGGAGCGUGGCUUCGCUCACGGUAUGGUUUAUAAGACUGAGCUCAUAGACCUGUCCGAUAAGUUCAAAGGUGACGACAGCAUUGUGUUUGGGGUGAAGCCAGGUGACCCCAAAGUAAUGGACAAACUGGAUGCUGACGGAUUGCCGUUUAUCGGCUCCAUGCUGAAGUAUGGAGACCCUUACUACAGCUACAUCAAUCUCAAUACCGGCCAGAGUUAUGUGGUCUUCUUCAAGUACCAGGAGAGCUGUGUGGUGGACAACAUCAAGGUGUGCAGCAAUGACACCGGCACUGGCCGCUUCAAGCGCAUUUGCAUCACAACCCGCAUUCCCAGAAACCCCACCAUCGGAGACAAGUUCGCCAGCAGACACGGUCAGAAGGGAAUUCUGAGCCGCCUAUGGCCCGCGGAGGACAUGCCUUUCACGGAGAGCGGCAUGUGCCCAGAUAUCCUCUUCAACCCGCACGGCUUCCCCUCCAGAAUGACCAUCGGGAUGCUCAUCGAGAGCAUGGCUGGAAAAUCCGCAGCCCUCCACGGCUUGUGUCACGACGCCACGCCGUUCAAGUUCUCCGAGGAGAGCUCUGCGCUCGAGCACUUCGGCGAGAUGCUGAAAGCCGCAGGAUACAACUACUACGGCACGGAGCGCCUCUACUCCGGCAUUAGCGGCCUGGAGCUCGAGGCGGACAUCUUCAUCGGGGUGGUUUACUACCAGCGCUUGCGUCACAUGGUCUCUGACAAGUUCCAGGUCAGAACUACAGGAGCGAGAGAUAAAGUGACCAAUCAGCCGCUGGGAGGGAGGAACGUUCAGGGAGGAAUCCGCUUCGGAGAGAUGGAGCGGGACGCUCUGCUUGCUCACGGGACGUCGUUCCUGCUCCACGACCGUCUCUUUAAUUGCUCGGACCGUUCUGCGGCGCAGGUUUGCAUGGGCUGCGGCAGCCUGCUGUCGCCGCUUCUGGAGAAGCCGCCUCCUUAUUGGUCAAAUACACGUCAUCGGAAAACCAUUUGCUUGCUGUGCAACAAGAGCGACUCUAUCGAGACUGUGUCCGUUCCUUAUGUGUUUAAAUACUUUGUCGCAGAGCUUGCGGCAAUGAACGUUAAAAUUAAAUUAGAUGUCAAGUGAAAUUCUUCGACUUCGAAAAUAAAGUGCCUGAGCAUAUCAUCUUAUUCACUUGAGUGUUUAUACUUCCUUUUGUAUUGUGAAGAAAUGGACUGCUGAGAAUCUUCCAUCAGUAGGCAGGAUUAAUGUGGCCCGUUUAAACAUGUCAAGAACAUGUAUAGGAAUUGAAUACAUUUCUUUACUAAUAAUUACUAUAGACUAUUACUGAAUGGUGAAUAUCCAUUUCAUGCAAACGUUUUUUUUCUUUGCACACAAACAUUAAUAAACAUGGUAGUUAUCCGCUCAUUGAGCAUUAUGUAAAAAUGAUGUGAUUUAUGAACUAAGAUUUUGCAUAAAUUUCAAUACAUACAGAUGAAUAAA